UAGAACAGGGACACCGAGUUAGGAGUGUUGUUGGGGAGGAGAGAGAUCCCGCAACAAUAAAAGAAGAAAGCAGGCGAACCAAACGAAAACAUAGCAAAGGGAAGCAAAGGCAAUGCGAAUUACGCCCGCCCAACAAAGGGGGGCACCAAACUCGUAAAGGGAUAGACUAGCUCGUAUAUAGGGUGGCCAGGCGAGAAGGACAGGCGGAGGCAAGCAAGAACGCGCGCGGGAGAAGAAGCUGGCUAGCUAGAGCUAGCUCAAUUUUAGUUUGAUAAGAGGGAGGGAGGAGAGAUAGGAAGAAAGCAAAGGCAGGAAAACAAGCUGUUGUAAAUUACUCGCUCCGCCUCCGUCUUUCCUGGGCUUGCAAGCUUCGCACCCGCAAAGGCCAAAGUCGGCGGCGGCCGUAAGUUUCUUUUUAAAACCACGCCCGGCGCCCAGUUAAGGUGCCCAGAAUGCAGCAGCGGCGGAAGACGGUGUACGCGAUGAAGCAGGCGGCGCUGGGCGCCGGCGUUGCCGCGGCCCGCAGGAGCGGCGCGCCGCUGUCGAUGGCGGCGACGGUGUUCGCGCUGUUCGUGCUGGCGACGUUCCUGUACAACGAGGACAUCAAGUCCAUCGCCGACUUCCCCUUCGGCGCCGGCGCGCUCCGGGCCAAGUCCCCCGACCUGCACCUCCUCCAGGAGGCCGAGGCCGCCGCGCACCACGCCGUGACCACGCUCGCCAUGCGCGGCGAGGAGGCCAUCGUCCGCGUCCUCGACGCGCCCCGCCACGCCGAUAUCGGCAUCGGCAUCAACAGAACCGGGGAUCCGGUGCCCAAGAUGGUGAUCAAUGCCAAGGUUGGCACGGGUGGCGGAGGCAAUGGCGAGGAAUUGGCGGAGGAGAAGGACAGGGACGUGACUCUGCCGCGCGUGGCGGCGAUGCUGGGGGGCGGUGGCGCGGAGGAGGCGAGGCGGCGGGAGGACGAGGAGGAGGCGGCAGAGAAGGCAUCGACGGAGAAGGCGAAGGCGGCGGCGCUGGUGACGAUCAGGAGCGUGGAGACGUGCGACCUGUACCAGGGGGAGUGGGUGUACGACGAGGUGAACGCGCCGGUGUACAAGGAGGCGCAGUGCGAGUUCCUGACGGAGCAGGUCACCUGCAUGCGCAACGGCCGCCGCGACGACUCGUAUCAGAAGUGGCGAUGGCAGCCCACCGGCUGCGACCUCCCGCGGUUCGACGCGCGGCUGCUGCUGGAGCGGCUGCGCAACAAGCGGCUGAUGUUCGUGGGGGAUUCGCUGAACCGCAACCAGUGGGAGUCCAUGGUGUGCCUGGUCCAGUCGGCCAUCGCCAAGGGCCACAAGACCCUGACCAAGUUCGUCAACAACGGCUCCAGCAACGUCUUCUACGCGCACGAUUACAACGCGACGGUGGAGUUCUACUGGGCGCCCUUCCUGGUGGAAUCCAACUCGGACAACCCCAAGGUGCACAGCGUCCCGGACCGCAUCAUCCAGUGGCACUCCAUCGCCAAGCACGCAAAGAACUGGCUCGGCGUCGACUACCUCGUCUUCAACACCUACAUCUGGUGGCUCAACACGCUCGACAUGAAAGUCCUGAAAGGGUCGUUCGACGAGGGCGCUACCGAGUACGUGGAGGUGGACCGUCCCGUGGCGUACAACGAGGUGCUCAAGACAUGGGCCAAAUGGGUCGACCGGAACAUCGACCCCAACAGGACCACCGUCUUCUUCAUGGGCAUGUCACCUAACCACAUCACGCCGGAGGCAUGGGGCAACGACGGCGGCAUCAAGUGCGCCAUGGAGACGAUGCCGAUCAAGAACCGGACCGCGUCGCUGGACGUGGGCACGGACUGGCGCCUGUACGCCGGCGCCCAGGACGUGCUGCAGACGUUCCGGCGCGUGCCGGUCCAUUUCGUGGACAUCACGGCGCUGUCGGAGCUCCGCAAGGACGCGCACACGUCGGUGCACACGCUCCGGCAGGGGAAGCUCCUCACGCCGGAGCAGCAGGCUGACCCCAAGACGUACGCCGACUGCAUCCACUGGUGCCUGCCGGGCCUGCCCGACACGUGGAACGAGUUCCUCUACGCCCGCAUCGUGUCGAGCCCGUCGACGACGACGGAACAGUAGACUCCGGUAGGUAACGGAGCUCCAAUGAGCAUCCUCCUCCUCCAGUGUUGUAUACAGAAGAGCAAAGGGCAGCUGACACAAAGGAAUGCCCGCCGGCCGCCGCCAACUCUCUUUUUUUUACCUUCUUCCAAUUUUCUCUUGGUUGCGUAAAGGUAAAGCUGUCCUGUGUCGUUCUGUGAUUCUUUUUGUUCAAAAGAAAUGGAGGGUUAGGGUAUAGAAGAUGUGGUGGGCUGUGUUGACUAGCUCAUUCCUUCUUCUGCAAAAGGUUGUAUAGAAUUUUUUGUGUACCAUUACACCAUACUGGUGAACUGAAGAUUAUAAAGGGAGGUAUAAAGGCCGCGAGGUGCAUCUGUUCUUCACUCA